GUGGGAGAGGAGAGGAACCGGUGCGCAUGCGCAGGAGAGGGAAAGCCAGGCACCGGUGCGCAUGCGCAGGAGAGGGGACGCAUGUUUUCUCUGGUGGGAGAGGAAGAGUAAAUUUCCAGUCUCCAACCUACGUUUCUGAUGUUUGUCAGCCUUCAUUCACCCAUAUGAGCCAUUUUGAAUGGUAAAACUCACAAGGAUACAUUACGUUGGGAGCACUCCUGUAUAGGCUUGCUUGGAGUAGUUUGUGGCUAACUCAUGUCAUCAGGAGAUGUGACUUUGACUGUUCGGCUAGUCCGUUCAUUUGAGCACCGCAAUUUCAGGCCAGUUGUGUACCAUGGUGUUAGUCUGCAUCAGACUGUAAAAGAGCUUAUGCAGUUUGUGAAGAAUGAUGUGGCAUUAAGGACAGGACUUCCACCUCCUUUUAAAAAGUACAAAUAUGACACAAUGAAGAUUAUACACCAGGCACAUGGUUCUAAGACCAAUGAACUUGUUGUGAGCUUAGAAGAUGACGACAAACUCAUUUUGGCAGAAGACAGCACCCUGAAAGCAGCUGGAGUAGCAAAUGAAACAGAGCUAGCAUUUUUCUGCAUGGAUGAUUAUAGAAAAUAUAAAACAAAUCCUGUUGCAAGCUGGUGAAGAUUUUGAAACGUCAAAGAAAUUCAUUUUCUUUCUGUGCCUUUUUGAAAUGUCAUACUUAAAAUCUUAAAGGAGUUGGCAGUUCUAGAAAUUCAAGAGAAAAAUGUAAAAAACAAAUUCAUGACAUGCUAGUUCUUCUUUGAUUUACUGUUGCAAUGAAGAGCUUUGUAGUUCUGAAGAUAUCACUCAUGACCUUGCAGCAACAUCUGAAAUGUGGAAGCCCUCAUUACCCUGUGAGGAAACCCUAAAGGCUUUGUAUUUACAAGCUGUGUUCAGAAAGAGAGAAAGAGCUAGUGCUGAAGAGGAGCAGAGGUUGCCUCAGGCUAAGACGUACAUCCUUUUUAAAUAAGAGUUUUAAGGUUGUAUCCUCAUGUUGCAAUACUACUGAGCAGCACAUGUAGAAGAGUCCUGCAAUCAAGUCUGACACCUCAUCAGAUGCAGAGAAACUUUGGAACUGUGCAAACAGCUCAUCACUGAGGUCGCAGAGUGUGGUGUAAUGUUCUCUGAAAACUGCCACAAAGAUAAUAUCUGCCUUCUUUAUAGCAUCUGCCUGGAACGUUACUUCAGCAGCUGAAGGGAAG